AUGGCUCACUCUCAGAAAUUUUACGUUCGACUAGCGAGCCUAGAAGGUCAUGACGCGCAAUUCAUUAUCGCAGCUUUCGACUCGACGCUGCCGCACCUUGCUGCGAUCGGCUCUGCAGAGAUGUGGGGAGAACAGCCCUUUUCCGAACGGGAGGGUUUUGCGCAGGAGACCAUUGAGUCCGUCGAGGAAUCUGAAGACCCAGACAGUGCGUCAAAAGUUUUCAUCGCAGAGACUCGAAAGACAGGCUGUACAGAUAGCGCAGAGCGCAUCCGAGUCGGAAGUGCCACGGUACGCGAAGACUCUAUGCCUGCGUACAUUACCGAGCACGAAGAAAUGAAGCUCCAUGUCCAGGAGGCAAUGAAUUUCCUAUUUUUAGCAGUAAUCAUCGCAGAGUACCGCAUAGAUAGGCUUUACAAAGGUGUUAGAACAUCUUUGCUUGAAUACAUCCAACGCUACGGGCGCGAACGCAGCAAGAAAACGCUGUAUGUCGACUGCUGA